AUGAACUUUGCACCUUCUGUGCCUGCGACAUAUGGCACAAGAAACUACCUAACACCAACCUCAGACAACGGCUUAGCAGCAUCUUUACAGUCGUAUCACACUGCUACGGGUGCUUCAGUUGGCAACAAGAACAGCACCCCCACUACUACCAAUGGCCACAGUAACGGCUGGUGGAUUCCCCAGCAGUCGUACCACCAUCAGCAGCAUCCACAACGCUAUGGCCCGCAUGAUAGUAGCGUGCAGCUAUCCAAGUCUCCCACAUCCUUUUUGGGAACGUUCAGUGACGAUUAUAAUUAUUUCGAGGUUGUCCUGGACGAUGGAACGCGUCAAAAACGAUCUGUGUCACUGUCAACAGUUCCACUUUAUUUUGAUGGCUCCCAUGGCAACGGCAAUGGUAAAGCUAGGGCUAAUUAUAAUUCUCACUAUACCGGCGAAAGGCAAGUGAGCGUAAUUGCCAUCGCAGUAUCAUUUAUUAACGACAUUUUUUGUUUCGCCUGCAGCCCGACCGAAACCACCGCUUUGCUGCCGAAGAACAGUGCGCCAACAGCACCACAGGAUCAUUAUGAGGACACUUCGUCGGAUUCCGAUGCAGAGGACCAAAGAGAGCAGCCCGUGAACGAGGCACCUUCAUCCAAACCACGCGCGCUAUGGGCCCGUAUUGCGUCCUGGCAUAAUUUGAGUCACAAGCAAAAGAUGGUACUCAAGUGCAGUUUUGCAUAUGCCCUGGGAGCCUUAUUUACGUUUGUUCCGGUUUUAAAUCGAUGGAUUGGUGGAACCAGUGUAUCGAGUCAUGUUGUUUGUACAGUUACUGUUUUCUUCAAUCCGGCAAAGACGCUAGGAGGCAUGGUCGAGGCUGCUGGAUUUGGAUUACUAUAUGCUGUGUUGGCGCUAUCACUGUGUCUGUUGAGUCUGGCUACGAGCGAUUAUUUGAUGAUUGACCAUCAUUUAUAUAUGGAAUCAUGCGUUGUUACGUUGGGUGUUUUCUUGGCAGGAAGCACGUUUGUGAUAUCCUUCUUCAAAGCGCAUCUGAACAAACCGAGUAUACGAACAGCAUCAUCUUUGGCGUUUAUUAUCAUCUUUUGUGUCCUUGUUCGAGAAACCUCGUCCAAUCCACAGUUCAAUACAACCAAAAUCGAGCAGACAUUCUUUAUUGUAAUCAUAGGCACAGCUAUUUCAGUAGCUGUAUGCGUACUAAUAUGGCCGGUACGCUCAAUCAAAAAGCUAAAGACUGAUAUCGAUGCAACGCUCAUGUCCAUCCGUAUUUUGUUGAAACUAUUGACAAAAACCUUUAUCAUGGACGCUGAUUUGCCAGAAUUUACAGCUAACAAACAACUUGAAGAUGCAAUCAAGUCCCACCGCAGCAGUUUCGUUGCUCUGCAAAACUCACUCAAGGAAGCCAAGCUCGAAUUUUACAGUAUGGAAAUGUGGUGUCAUGCAGAUGGAUAUGACAAGACGGUCACCAGUCUUCAGCGCUUGGCCCAGCACAUAAGCGGAUUGCGCAGCAGUUGUGGCCUUCAAUUUGAAGCGAUGCAGGAGAUCAAAACCGAGCAACAGACUGUUUCCAAGUCAGGGCCCGGGGAGUCACGACAGCAACAACAACAACAACAACCGCAGCAACGGCAACAAACGCAGCAGCAGCGACCAGCAAAGCAACAACGACGCGAAACGAUUAAUGUCAAGGCGGAUAAUCAAAGGCGGAAGAUGGAACACGAGCUGCGCCGGGAACAUAGUAUUGAGCAAAACUUGUUUUACAUGGAAGGGACGCAAUCAUUCGGGGAAGAAGUGACUGGGGAAGAUGGCGAAUCGGAAGGUGCACUGGUACAGUUUAUCCGCACCCAAACCAUAAUCCAUUUGCAAGCUCGGUUCACUGGGAAUGUUACGAGUCGAACGCCGUCUUUUGAAAUGAUGAAGCAAAACUUGAACACUGCUUUAGAAGUCUUUGAUGAAUCUCAGGAACGCGCUCUCAUGCACCUGUAUCGUCGCAAAAAGCGAAACCACGACGGCAACAAGAGACAGCGCCAAGAGUCGUGGCAGAACAUGGAUCCAAGCCAGCUACACUCGUAUCUCAUGAAACAGUUUCCCGCCGAAGAUGUCUUUUUGGUGUACUUUUUUGUGUUUUGCAUGGUUGAAUUCGCCAAAGAGCUCGUAGUCCUCACAGAGUAUGUGCAAAGUAUCUAUGGACACGACUAUGAAAUGCCCACCAAUUUCUGGCAGCGACUAAAGAGCGUCUUUAAGCUCAUGUUUAGUAAGGAUCGAUUCUCUCUCCUUUUGUAUCAUAUAGCGCGGAGACCGGGCGAUGAUCUUCCAUCGAAUGAAAAAACGACUGAAGAAGUUUUCGUGCCGAACAAUAACAACACCCAUAAUACCCUGCAAACACCCUCGCCGACAACUCGAAUCCGAAAAUUUUUCCUGAAGCUUUGGGGAUUCUUCUCAUGGUUCCGAUCGCAUACAGUAAAAUAUGCUAUCAAAGCUAGUGUUGUCUCUGUCGCCAUUGGAAUGCUUGCCUUCAUACCCUCUACCCAGUUUUACUUUCGCGAAUUCCGUAUGGAGUGGACUUUGAUCUCAAUUAUGACCGUAAGCUCGCCUACCGUAGGUGGUACAAACGUGGUUGCUGUUCUCCGUGUUUUGGCCACGAUAUUUGGAUGUAUUGUCGCCGCUGCUGUUUAUACAAUUGUUCCUGCACAUCCGCUUAUUUUGCUAUUGAUAACUUGGGCAUUCUCAGUUCCAUGCUUCCAUAUUAUAUUGAACCACAAAUACGGCCGGUUCGGACAGUUUGCUUUGCUUGCUUACAAUCUUAUAGUGUUGUAUAGCUACAACCAUCGGGAAGAUUAUCCAAUGAGCUAUGUUUAUGAGCUUGCAUGGAAGCGAUGCGUCUCUGUUUCGCUGGGUGUUAUUAUUGGUCUCAUUGUCACUGCUUACAUCUGGCCGUAUGAAGCAAGAAAGGAGUUGCGAAAGGGACUAUCCGAUCUUCUUCUACAUCUCUCCUGGCUGUACAAGCAACUCGUAUCCGUUUACUCGGAAACGUCCUCUGCUACGAAUCAAGACGCAUACUCACUGUUGAUUGAAGAAAUGUUCUACGAUACCCAUAAUCGACCUGACUAUACCCCUACACCCGAGCAAAUGAAAGCCCUUGCAGCGCGCAAUAAAAUCCGGGCAGCACAAUUCCAAAAGAUCGAGCUAGCGUUGCAAGUCAAUUUGGUCACCUUACGAGAACUUCUUACACAUGCACCAAACGAGCCUCGACUUAAAGGUCCCUUCCCUGUACAGAUAUACGAAUCGAUGUUAACGUCCUGUCAAAACAUUCUGGACAAAUUCUUGUCGAUGCGGAUUGUUAUUCUUAAGGAUGUGUGGGCGAUCCAGGUGCGUCGAUCAUUAAUGCUUCCAGCAAGCAAAGAAUGGAUGGACAUGGCAGGCAAUAUUCUGCUGUAUUUCUAUCUCCUCGCAUCCGCCUUGCAGCUCAAGACACCUCUACCCCCUUAUCUGCCACCAGCUGAAAUGUCGCGCGAAGUUCUCAUGACGAAGCUCGAGCAAGUGUUGCCCUCGACAAACGCAUCUUCCGACGAUAGUUACAUGGUGUAUUAUGCCUACGUAGCCAUGAUGGAGAAUAUCAUUCAGGAUCUUGAUAAGCUUGGUAGUCACAUGAAAGGAUUAUAUGGCACUUUGGUAUCGGACGAUCACUGGGCCCGGUGCUUUGGAUUACUGGACGCUUCAGAAGUAGUAGUAAACAGCGGGUUUGAUCCUCAUCAAAAGCCGUCAUCAUCAUAA